AACCCGGAAAGACAAAGAUCGGGAGACAAAACUAAGAAAUAGUUUCACACUUUCAAGUUCAAGCCGAGGAAGAGGUACUCUCAAAAGAACAUCGGUGAAACUUCAGUUGGCAUUCCAUUUUCUUCCAAGAGAGAAAACACCGAACAAGCCAUGCAACAGGGUACUGGAGGAUCUGAGACGGAGGUUACUUGGGAAGAUCAACAGAACAUUAACAAAUUUGGAAGAUUAAACAAUCGAUUUCAUGAGCUUGAAGAUGAAAUCAAGAUUGCCAAGGAAACAAAUGAUAACCUGGAGGAUGCAAGUAACGAGUUGAUUCUAACUGAUGAGGAAGUAGUACGGUUCCAAAUAGGUGAAGUCUUCGCUCAUGUGCCCAAGGAAGAAGUGGAGACCAGGAUAGAAGAGAUGAAGGAGGUGACUAGCAAGAACCUGGAAAAACUCGAGGAGGAGAAAGAAUCAGUGCUGGCACAAAUGGCUGAGUUGAAGAAGAUUUUGUAUGGGAAGUUUAAGGAUUCCAUCAAUCUAGAAGAGGAUUAAUAGCGUUGGAUUGUUUUUUUCCUGUAGUUUGAUUUCUACUUCCUUUUGUUUGAUAUUACUUUCCUUUGUUGCCAGCCAGCAUGUUGUUCUUAGAGCUUUGCUCAUCUUUUAUGUCAAAUUUAGGGUUAAGUCAUCUUAAAUGUCGUCCUGCAUACCCUCCUUGACAUAAACCUCUGAGUAUAGGCAGAUCAAUGAAUGAAAUGAAUAUGAAGUUUGAACUGAUUCCUUCUGUCA